AUGUCGUCAUUGGAUAUAGAAAGGGAUACCAAAAACCCUCGAGUUUUCGACUCUGAAGACUAUGACGACUAUUCUAAGCAGGAGUUCACUGAAAAAUCUCGCCCUGUUCAGUUGAGCAGGCUUGAUGAAUUCGCUGCUACUUACCUCAAGGCUGAAGUUAGAGGUAUUGAACAAGUUCCCGAAAGUGAACGAAAUGAUACCUCUUAUAUUAAUGCUGGUACUUUUUUCACUGGUGUUAAUAUGGUCGUGGCUACCUUUUCCACUGGUAUUCUUGGUAUUACCGCCUUUGGUUUAACAUUUUGGGAUUCGGUUCUGACCAUUAUCUUCUUCACCCUUCUUGGUACCUUGCCAGUAGCAUUUUUCUCGACUUUUGGCCCUAAACUCGGGUUGCGUCAAAUGGUCUUGUCGCGUUUUUGGUUUGGAUACCAAGGUGUCAGAAUUAUUGCAUUAAUCAAUUUCUUCAGUACAAUGUGUUGGUCCGCCAUCAACACCAUGGUGGCUGCUCAAUUACUUCAUUCGGUUGGUUCUCACCCUAUUCCUCCCUGGGCCGCAUGUCUUGUUCUUAGUUUGGGUAGUUUCCUCGUCAGUUUAAUGGGAUAUCAUUUUAUUCAUACCUUUGAGAAGUAUACUUGGAUUCCUAACUUCAUUAUUUUCAUUAUUGCUGCUGUUAGAAUGGCCAAGUCAGGUGCCUUCACUACUGGUACUAUGGGAGUCGGUGCUUCUGAGGCUGCUGACAUUUUAUCUUUCGGUGGUACUGUAUUUGGAUUCUGUGCUGGUUGGGUCCCUGUGGCUGCUGAUUAUUGUGUUUACAAGCCCAAGAACGCUUCUAGACUGAAGAUCUUCAUUUAUGUAUUCAUUGGUUUGGCCUUCCCAUGUAUUUUUGUUGAGAUUAUCGGAGCCGCCUGUGCCACUGGUAUUUUGACCAGCCAAAACUUUGCUGAUCACUAUAAUAACAACAGUGUCGGUGGUCUGUUGUAUGCCGUUUUGGUCGAGAAUUCGCUUCAUGGAUUUGGUUCUUUUUGCCAAGUUUUAUUGGCUCUUUCCACCAUUGCCAAUAAUGUUCCCAGUAUGUACUCCAUUGGUUUCUCUGCUCAAACCAUGUGGGGUGGAUUCCGUAAGGUUCCCAGAAUUGUCUGGUCCAUUAUCUCCUGUACUGUCGGCCUCGCCUUGGCUAUCCCUGCAUACUAUAAGUUUGGCCAAGUUUUCGAGAAUUUCAUGAACCUUAUCAGCUAUUGGAUUGCUCUGUAUAUUGCAAUUUCACUCUCUGAACAUCUAUUCUAUAGAAAGAGUAUCUCCAACUAUGAGCCAUCCGACUAUUCUGACAGGUCGAAACUUCCUGUUGGAUUCGCAGCUAUUUUCGGUCUGUGUUGUGGUGCAGUCGGGGCUGCCAUGGGUAUGUCCCAAGUAUACUACGUGGGAAAAAUCGCCAUCAAGAUUGGUGAGCCACCAUAUGGCGGUGAUGUUGGUUUAGAGCUGACUUUUGCGUUUUCAUUUAUCGGCUUCAAUGCUGUCAGAUGGUUGGAGCUUAAAUAUUUACGACGUUAA